AUGUUCAAGCCGGGGCGAUGGUGGAGCGAGAAGAACAGAAUCAAAGUCCAUUUCAAGCUGCAGUUUCAUGCAUCUCAGGUUAUGCAGGUUGGAGGAGAUGGACUUAUGGUUUCUGUUAUUCCUGCUGAAUCUGGGAAGCCGAGUGUGAAAUCGGGCAAGGCCACGGUUCGAGAUGGAAGCUGUUACUGGGAGAAGCCCAUGUUCGAAACCAUAAAGUUCAAUCGUGAUCCGAAAACGGGGAAGAUUCACGAGAGGCUGUACUACUUCGUUGUAGGCACGGGUUCGUCUAAAUCUGGAGCUGUUGGACAAGUUUCAAUCGAUUUUUCGAACUAUGCUGAGGCAACCAGUGGCUCAUUUGUGUCUCUCCCCCUUAAGGAUUCAAAAUCAGAAGCUAUGUUGCAUGUGUCAAUUCAAAGGAUACACGAUUCUAUGGAUGAAAGAGAAAUCGAAGAACCUCAGAAUGUAAAAUUGGAUUCUGCAGAACAGGCGUUGAGCUUACAGCUAGGCGAGCUUGAUACAAAUGAAACUAUCACAACUGAUUCUGCAGAUGAUUCGCCAUUUAAUAAGCAAUUCUCCCCUCCUGAAGUAAACAUGAACCACCUGGCAUCCAGCGAAUCCGAUGUCACACUAUCAAGUUCCGAGGGAAGCUUGGGAAUCGAAACCCAAUGGCAACUCCACAUGAACAAUGAUAACACUCCUUGUGAGGAUCCGAAAUUUGGUGGGCCUACACCAAUGUACAAAGAUCACCUCACAUCAUGGGAUUGGCUGGAUAAUCCUACAGAUGAUAUUUUAAAUAAUCCAAAAGAGGAAAUUUUUCUAGAGCAAGAGGACUCUUACUCAGAAGUGUCCCCAGAUAAUUUGGUCCAGAAGCUGAAAGCUGAUGUCUCAGCUCUAUCACGUCAGGCAGCCAUGUCCGAACUGGAACUUCAGACUCUUCGUAAGCAGGUCGUGAAGGAGAGCAAAAGGGGCCACGACCUCUCUCAGGAAAUCACUUUUUUAAAAGAAGAAAGAAAUUCAUUGAAAGGAGAAUGCGAAAACCUCAAAGCCUCCCUUCACAGACGAACAAACGGCUCACGAUCUGAUUCUCAGGCAGCAGUUAUUGAGGAACUCAAGCAGGAACUUAACCACACCAAGGAACUAAAUGCCAACCUCGAAAUCCAACUCCAGAAGACUCAGGAGUCGAAUGCCGAGCUCAUUCUCGCUGUUCAAGACCUCGAUCAGAUGCUCGAGCAGAAAGAAAGAGAGGCAGGCCCCAUGCAUCGGCCAGACAUUGCCGAGUAUGUUAGUGAUGAUGACAAAGAGCAGAAGGCGCUGGAGGACCUCGUGAAGGAACAUGAUAAUGAAUCAAAGGAGCCGUACCACAUGGAUCAGCAAAUCAUCGAUCUGCUUGGAGAAAUCGAGAUCUACAAACAAGACAGGGACGAGCUCGAGGUCCAGAUGGAGCAGCUCGCGCUCGACUACGAGAUCAUGAAGCAGGCCAACCACGACCUGUCAAGCAGACUCGAGCAGACCCAGAUUCAGGAACAGCUCAAGAUUCCGUACGAGCCAUUGUGCCCGGAGACAGACAGGGUCGGUGAGCUUGAGUCCCACAUUGAGAACCUCGAGAACGAACUCAAGAGACUUUCUAAAGAUUAUACGGACUCGUUCGCCAAAAUAAGCUCUCUCGAGGCACACUCCAGAAACUUGGAGGAGGAGCUCGAGAGGCAAGCGCGGGGAUUCGAGGCAGAUCUUGAAGGGCUCACACGGGCCAGAGUUGAGCAGGAACAGAGAGCCAUACGAGCCGAGGAGGCACUGGAGAGGAUGAGGUGGAAAAAUGCAAACACGGCAGAAAGGCUUCAGGAGGAGUUCAGGAGGCUGUCGGUGCAGAUGGCUUCCACGUUCACGGCCAACGAGAAGCUCGCGGCUAAAGCCAUGGCCGAGGCGAACGAGCUCCGAUUUGAAAAAGUCCGCCUGGAGGAAUUGCUCCGUAAGGCCCGCAAGGAAAAUGAGUCAAUCGAAGCACAUGUCGCGAAGAAUAUAAUUCUUCUGGAGGAGAUCGAGGAUAAGAAAAGCUUGAUGCGCGAGGUGGAACAAAUGAGAUUAAUGGUUAAGGAAAAUGAGUUGCUUGUCGAGCAAGGGAAUGAUGAAAAGGCUGAGCUGGAGAAUAGGGCGGAGGAGUUGAACAAGGAACUGGAUAAGAUGAGGUGUCUUCUGAGCAAAAAAGAGGCUGUAGCGGAAAAUAUGAAGACCGAGCUAGGCAUGAUUCGAGCUCAAUGUGAAGAGCUUAAGGAAUCUCGACUGCAGGAUGAGGUGGAGAAGGAGAAAUUAAAGAAGCAAGCGGUGCAGUUAAAAAGUGAUCUUAAGAAAAGAGAGGAAGCAUUAAUUAGCAUGGAGAAGAAGUUAAAGGAUGGCAGUGGCCGAGGAAUGAAUCUUGAUGCUGUUAAAACUAAUUCGAAAACUAGCAAGCCUACGGCCCGUGUGUCCAAAGAGGUUGCGAGUCUCAAGGAGAGAAUAAAGUUGCUUGAGAGUCUAAUCAAAUCAAAGGAAACUGAUCUAGAAUCCUCAGCUACUAAAUUUCUUGACAAGGAAAAGGAUCUUCACAACAAGAUUGAAGAGUUAGAGGGGAGACUACGAGUAUUCCAAAGAACUGAUCAUGAAGUUGAAAAGAAUUUUCAGGAAUACAGAGACAAAAUCUCGAGUACGACAAGCAUAACCAGUGAAAAGAGCAAUGGUUUAUUAGAGGCACAGAAAGAUUCUACAACAGAUACCACAUUUGUUGAAGAACUAAAUGACCAAAUGGCAUUGCUGAAGGAGAAAAAUAAAUCAAUGGAAGAUGAUCUCAAAGAAAUGCAAGAGAGAUAUUUGGACAUAAGCCUCAAGUUCGCAGAGGUCGAGGGCGAAAGGCAACAGCUCAUAAUGAAACUACGUAAUCUCACGAAUGGAAACAAAUAG